UCGGACACCAAUAUACACGGAGCCGGAGUUACGCAGGCGCGGAUAGAGCAGAUCAGUAGAAAGAGAAGGAGAGAGAAAGAUUCUUUCGGCGAGAUCUGCGGCUCUUCGCGAAAUAAAAAGGGAGAGAGAAGAGAGUCGAGUCCAGAGAGCAAUAUAAGUAUAAGCAGAGAUUAGUAUAAGCGAGUCUGCGAAAACGCCGUCCUCUCGGCUCCGAUCCGCGCGCUUUGGAGGCGUCGCGCAAGUCCAUCUCUCUCUCCGUUCUAUACACACGUAAGUAGAAAAGGAAAGAGAAAGAGAAGACGGAGGCGGCACUGGCGGCAGCAGCGGCGGCGGCUCAGUACGGCAAGUGCUCGCGGCCGAGUCGCUAUAGCCUGUAUAUAGAGAUAGUGACUGUGUGUGCGAAAGAGUUAUACAGAAGAAGAAAAAAACGGUUGCGGCCGCCGCUGGGAGAGGAGUGGCGCAGGCAGUUUUCUCUCUGUCGGGUGCAGUGUGUUGUACCUCGUCGUCGUGCUGCGCGAGGAUGAUGAUGACGAUGUGCUGAGGGAGAGACCCAUCACCGGCGACGUCCUCUACUAGAGCUGGUGCGCGCGCGCGCGCUUGCGAAAAAACGGCCAUUUUGCCCCCCCUUUAACUGGCAGCCACUCUCUUUCCUCUCCUCUCCUCUCUGCACAUUCGCAGUAUAUACGUACAUUCGCGAGUGUGUGGACGUACCCGCGCAGCAGCAGCAGCAGAGGCAGAGGCAGCAGAGUAGCUGAGCGCGCUUAAUAAGACAGACGCAGGAGCGUCGACGUGUUCCUGGUGCGGCCGCUCCGACGCUCGAGCUCAGGCUCGAGAGUGUAUUAGCUGAUAUUCUCAUCCUCGGAUCCGUAAUAUAGUGCUCGAAGAAGAUGGCGGGGAACACGGGAAUGGAGCAGCUGAUCCCGAUCGUGAACAAGCUCCAGGAUGCGUUCACGCAGCUCGGGGUCACGAUGCAGCUGGAUCUCCCGCAGAUCGCUGUCGUCGGAGGACAGAGCGCUGGCAAGUCCUCUGUCCUCGAGAACUUUGUCGGAAAGGACUUCUUGCCCAGAGGUUCGGGCAUCGUGACAAGGCGGCCACUCAUCCUGCAGCUGAUCAACAGCAUGAGCGAGUACGCCGAAUUUCUCCACUGCAAGGGAAAGAAGUUCGUGGACUUCGACGAAGUGCGACGGGAGAUCGAGGCGGAAACGGACCGUAUUACCGGCAGCAACAAAGGAAUCUCCAACGUACCCAUCAAUUUGAGAGUCUACUCGCCCAAUGUACUCAACUUGACUCUCAUCGAUUUGCCUGGAUUGACAAAGGUGCCAAUCGGCGAUCAGCCAGCAGACAUCGAGGCUCAAAUCAAAGGAAUGAUCUUUCAGUUUAUCAAGCGCGAUAAUUGUCUCAUUCUAGCCGUCACACCUGCAAAUACUGAUUUAGCCAAUAGCGAUGCCCUCAAACUUGCCAAGGAGGUCGAUCCUCAAGGUGUGCGUACCAUCGGUGUUAUCACUAAGCUUGAUCUUAUGGACGAUGGUACCGACGCUAGGGACAUCUUGGAGAACAAGCUGUUGCCUUUGCGCAGGGGUUACAUAGGUGUAGUUAACAGAAGUCAAAAGGACAUUGAAGGUCGUAAGGAUAUUAAAGCAGCUAUGGCAGCUGAACGAAAAUUCUUUUUAAGCCAUCCUUCAUAUCGGCAUCUGGCAGAAAGGUUGGGUACCCCGUACCUGCAACGCGUCCUCAACCAACAGCUGACAAAUCACAUCAGGGACACAUUGCCUGCAUUGCGCGACAGAUUGCAAAAGCAACAGCUUGCACUUGAGAAAGAUGUGGAACAAUAUAAACAUUUCAGGCCGGAUGAUCCCGCUAUAAAGACGAAAGCCAUGUUACAGAUGAUCCAACAACUGCAGUCGGAUUUCGAGAGGACCAUUGAAGGUUCCGGUUCAGCCCAGAUCAACACCAUGGAAUUGAGCGGAGGUGCCAAGAUCAACCGAUUGUUCCACGAACGAUUUCCAUUCGAAAUUGUCAAAAUGGAAUUCGAUGAGAAGGAAUUGCGCAGAGAAAUUGCCUUUGCUAUCAGAAAUAUACAUGGUAUUCGAGUUGGUCUCUUCACUCCUGACAUGGCUUUCGAGGCUAUAGUGAAGAAACAAAUAAAUAGGCUCAAGGAGCCUAGUCUUAAAUGUGUGGACCUAGUCGUACAAGAACUUAGCAAUGUUGUGCGUAUAUGUACAGAUCGGAUGUCUCGAUAUCCUAGAUUACGAGAAGAAACAGAACGUAUUAUUACUACUCAUAUUAGGCAACGAGAACAAAUGUGUAAAGAACAGCUUAUUCUUCUGGUCGACUGCGAGCUUGCAUACAUGAACACUAAUCAUGAGGACUUCAUUGGUUUUGCAAACGCGGCAGCCAGUAGCCAUAAUGCAAGCGCUCAACAAUCGUCGGAGAACGCGGUGAAGGCUGGCCGUCACACUCUCGGCAACCAAGUCAUUCGCAAGGGCUACAUGUGCAUACACAAUCUUGGUAUCAUGAAGGGAGGCUCCAGGGAUUACUGGUUUGUUCUCACAUCCGAGAGCAUUUCAUGGUUCAAGGACGAGGAGGAGCGAGAAAAGAAAUACAUGCUGCCAUUGGACGGAUUGAAAUUGCGCGAUCUCGAGCAGGGCUUCAUGUCUCGCCGCCAUUUAUUUGCAUUGUUCAAUCCCGAAGGCAGAAACGUUUACAAGGAUUAUAAGCAGCUCGAGUUGAGCUGUGAAACCCAAGACGACGUCGACUCGUGGAAAGCGUCCUUCCUUCGUGCUGGUGUUUAUCCCGAGAAACAGACCGAACAAGCAAAUGGUGAUGGCGAAGAAGGAUAUGAGAGCGGCAAUCCGAUGUCAGGUCGCAAGGGUGGCAAUGAAGCACAAUCGUCGAUGGAUCCACAAUUAGAACGACAGGUGGAAACAAUCAGGAAUUUAGUUGAUUCUUACAUGAAGAUCGUCACGAAAACAACGCGAGAUCUUGUUCCAAAAACGAUUAUGCAUUUGAUCAUAAACAAUGCUAAGGACUUCAUUAAUGGUGAACUUUUAGCACAUCUGUAUGCUAGUGGAGAUCAGUCAUCAAUGAUGGAAGAAUCUCCCGAAGAAGCACAGAAACGAGAAGAGAUGCUUCGCAUGUAUCACGCUUGCAAAGAAGCUCUACGAAUUAUUGGAGAUGUAUCGAUGGCCACAGUUACGACACCAGUACCACCACCUGUAAAGAACGAUUGGUUGGCAUCGGGUGAAAAUCCAAGUCUUGGGUUAUCACCACCAUCACCCGGCGGUCCGGGUAGUAGACCCAGGAAUCAGGCACCAGCAUCAGCCACUUCGCGAGCUCCACCACCAGUGCCGCAAGGAGGCAGGCCAGCUCCGGCCAUUCCUAACAGACCCGGACCGGGAGGUCCACCUCCAGGCCGAGCCAACUCUGGCGGCGGGCUACCUCCACCACUAAUACCCUCUCGCGGGGGCGGUGGUCUUCAGCAAAGGGUGCAACAGGCAGCAACGCAAGCCGCCGUUAAUGCCGCUGCAAACGAGCUAAUGGACGCUUUCAAGAUGAAGCUGCGUGUUGUACCAAACGUCCCUCCUCGAAUUCCUGAUCGGCCAGCACCAGGACGACUGAACUGAAAGCUUUCAAGAACUUAAAGAAGAAGGGAGCCUUCUUUUCUGGAUACAGAGUCCAGAGCAAGCUACCUGUUGUGCCGAAGAGACAGGAAUACUAGAGCUGUUUGCCAGAAUCGAUCAGUAACAGAGAUAAGGAACCGAGUUACAAUCAUUACUAGAGACGAGAUGUACGAUAUGUUUUAUCUCGACGCUGUGUAUUGGUCACUUUUUUUGCUGUACAGUAAAUUUUCUGUCGCCUACGUACUACCUCUUGUCGCCAGGUUCACCGAUGUUCUCUUGACGACGAUGACACGAGAAUAAAACAGGAACGAAAAUGCGUGCUCGAGGAAAUUCCGUAGUGCAUUGCCAUUAUUUAGGACGACAUCGAGCGGAUGCUAAAUAUACUACUAUAUCCUAUUUUAUUGAUGCAUUAAAUUUUGCUGUUAUCUUAACGAUGAAUUUGGGUUGCUCCAUUGUUGCUUAUGCAAAAUUGAUGGUUUAAUUGUAAAAGAUAGAUUUUCACGUUUGAUAACAAAUUUUGUCCACAUGGUUUGCACGCAUAUUGCAAUCCUGAAUUCAUUUUCAUAGUUAUAGAUAUCAUAAAACGGCAAAAGUUGAUGUUUUGAUAAAAUAGGUGUAAAUCUGAAUGUCGUUUUUUAUAAGCUGAAAAAUAAAAUCGAAUAGGUCAAUAAUUACUGAUACAUAUUGUUGAGAUUAUUAAUUUUAUAUAUUUUUUGGUUGAUAAGAUCUAGAAAAAGUGCACUAAGUUAAUUAAAUGGACUUUUUUUUAGAAAUUUUAAAUUUGAUGAAUUUUGAAAAGUGCAGUUUAUUAAAAAAGCGACUUUCUUUUCUUUGUGCUGAAUUUUGCAUAUUGAUCUAUAUUAAGAUGUGAUUUUCUUAUAAAUGAUUAGCGUAGAAGUAAGUGAUGGUAAACAUUAUUCCCUUUGAUGAUUGACGCGUCGAUAAAUUUCGUCAGCUAAUCGGGUUUUUGAUUCUAUCGAAGCCUUCUUCGAGUUUUGUAACUUAUUAUUGAUGUAGAAAUACUUAAGGAAUAAAAAUUAAGAAGAUCGUAGAGAGUGAUUGUCAUUAAGGUGAUUUCAUAACUUUUUCAACUCUUCUGUUGUUAUUUAUGUAGUCCUAACGAAAGUUUGGUACUGUAAGUAUUAGCGGAUUAAAAAAUUAGUUUUUUGUACCAAUGGAGAAAUAGAUGAUAAAUAGACAAAGAGGCGAAAAGUGUUGCUGUAAAAUUAUUAUUUUUUUAUUCAAAUGCCAUUCACUUUUUUAAUGUUGUACAAUAACAUGCUUACCUAUAAUUUAUUCAUAAACUUCAUCAUUACAAUGCAACAUUCCUUAUGUGCAUGAGCGCUGCAUGUAGUUGUAAAACUAAAAUAUAAGAGAGAAAAUACUCAAAAUCUGUAUAUUAUUCUCUUUAAGAAAAUAUUUGUUUCAUACAAUGUAAAACUUUUUCGACAGAAUUAACGUUUAUUACAAUAUUGAGAACGUCACUGUCAGUAUUAUAGAUAAGACAACUGUGACCAAACAAAUAAAUUUGGGCAUUAAUAAAAGAAGAUGAAAUCCCGUUCUUAUGUGUAAAAUUAUUAUGCAGCUUCACUUCGCCAUUCAACUAAACUAUUUAUUUAUCAAAAUUAACAAAAAACGUCCGCAAGACUAAUAUAGUCGUAACUGUAUAUAAUUAUUGAACAGCUUUCCUAUUUCUAUUGUAAUUUUUGUACGUGUUAUUUGUCUAUUAAACUUAGCAUCGUUAAUAAACGAAAAGCAACAUUAUGUUAAUUUUUUUAUAUACGAUGAAAACGAUAAACUGUACAAAAUAACAAAAUUAAUGAGAAUAAUUUUGUGUCUUUGAAAAUUGGUUAUCAAAAAUAAUGGUACCCCUUAACAAAAAAGGAGCUGUGUUUUUUGUGUAAAAUUGUCUCUACCGGUAGCGUAAAGCCAAAUAAAAUUUGCGUUUGCUUGUAUUGAGUUAUGAACUAAAUGAAAAAAAAUAAAAGUUCAAAUUUUCGGUUACUGUUACAUAUUUAUCAAUUACGCAGUAGUAAUCUGCGUUGAUCACUCAUUCAUGUUUGCUAAUAUUUACAAUAAUAUAUUCAUUUAACUGAAAUGAAAACCUUGAGUAUAUUAUUAGUACAGUUACACAUUAGCAGGUAAAAUUACAGAAAAAUAGAACCUAGUUUUUUGUAUUAAUUUAUAACAAAAAUAUCCUUAUUUGAACUCUACGAAUUCCUUGAUGUUUUAGUUUAUAGUCAAUGUUGCGUGUAACGAUACAUUAUAUAUUGACUAAGUCAGUAAUUAAGUGAAUGUUCAUAAAUGAUUAAUUAAACAUAACUUAUUUUUUGAGAUUUGUCCACACUACAUAUUGCAUGUGAGAUUUUUUUGACCUGUACAUAUUUACGUGAAAAAGUCAACUGCACCGUUUUUGUGUGAUGAAAGACAGUUUAUUUGCAUACAAAAAUGAUUCAAGAAAAAUUGAAAACUCAAGUCCUUCAAUUAAAGCAUCAGCGACGACAGAAAUAAGUGCCUUGUGCCAAAAUAAAAAAAAAGCAUGCAUGGCUUAUAGUUUUGUAGACUAAAUCGCGACACGAAGGACCAAUACGAAUUGAUUUAUGUAAUUUAAGAAUUGUACAUACAUGAAAAUAGUAUUAUGACAAUUCGGUAAGCGUGCUAGAGCAAAUGAAUACUUCUUUUUUUUGUACAAGUUCAUUUGCCAAACGAUGAACGAAAUAAAGCUUAUUAUUUAAUAA